GUAUGAAGUACAGAUGUAUUGUUUCUCCUUUUUGAAACUUUAUAAUGUUAAAUGGUUGUUAAUGCUUUUCUAUUGAUCAGCAUAACCUUGUUUACAUAUCUGUCAUACUUGUGGUACACAGGAGAGACAUAUUUAUGUUGUGAUCUUGGACUUUCUGUAUGUAUUUAAGAACUGAAGUGUGUCGUCCAUGGUCUUAAAUUUCCAUAUGCACAGAGACUGAGCUAUAGGACUGUGUCUAUGCCAAUCAUGAACAUUUAUUGUCUGUGUGUAAACAUAAAUCAAGAAUGCUGUAGUAAGUUAAAUAAUGACGAGAGUUAUUACGUAAACUUGAUGGUAAAGCAGAAUAUCGUAUUUCUGUCUAGUGAUUGAGUGAUAGAGAAUGCUUUAUGUUGGACUAGCAACUUUGAACCAAAUUAGGAAAAUGGCAGAAAAGGAAGGAGAAGUAGAGAAAGCGAAAGCGGAGGCACCGGCUGGGCCGGUGAUAUCGGAUCAGGAGAAGGACUGGGCACAGGCAGCGCUGACAGACUUCAACAGGAACAGCUACAGCUCAUGUCUGCAGCAUCUGCUAAAGCUGGAAGCAUCGCGGCCCCAAGAUACUAAGGUGGCACACAACAAGGCGAUAGUCGAGUACCACAAGAGCGACCUAAAGAAGACAGAUCAGUUUCGGAAGAACAUGAACCUUGUAUGCAGUCAGGCACAUGUAAAUAUAGAAGACCUUGAUUCGUUAGAGGAUGUUGAGCAUUGUGUUAUCUACUUCAACCAGGCUGUGCUCCUGUACCACCUCAAGCAGUACAACACCGCCCUGAAGAUAAUGCAGAAGGUCUUCUCCUUCAUAGAACCAAUGGAGGAGAGUCUGGCCCAUCGAGUGUGUCUCCUGCUAACAGAACUGCAGCUCUGCUUGUACCAGCCUGACAAAACCUUGUCACUGAUAGCUUACAUUGAAAACCAGUUCGUUGUUUCUACAGACUCCGUCAUCUCAUCAGAAAAGGACAUUAAACCUCUUGAAAGGGAGCAUAAAGAGAAGAAGCCUGUAACUGGAGAUGCUGCAACAGACACUUUCAGACUGAAGCUGCUGCAGUACAGAGCACGCUGUUAUCUCAUGAUGCAUGCUCUUAAGGCCUGUAAACGCGAGAUCAAGAACCUCAUUACCGCAGGUGGACCAACCCUGACUUCAGUCCUGCUGAAAGGAAACCUCGAGUACCAACGCGGAAACUACAGGAAGGCCAUGAAGGUGAUCAACUCGAUACCGCAGAGCAGCCUGUCAUUCAAGGAGCUGGGGGAGUCUGCCCCAGUAUUGUACUACAGCAACAUGGGUUGCAUCCACCACUACAUGGGCAAGCCGCACCUCGCAUGCUACUACCUGCAGAAAGCUCUUCAGGAGAAUGAGACAGCCAUGAAGAGUCUUCCCAAAGCAGAGACAGCGGAACCGUACUCUGGUCGACCUUUAUACACUCUUGGUUCCAACAAGGGUCAUGAGCUGAUGUACAACCUGGGAGUUAGCCUGCUGCAUGCCGGACGCCCGAUCCAAGCUUUUGACUGUCUCACAGAGGCUGUCCAGGUCUACCACAUGAAUCCACGGCUCUGGUUGCGGCUGGCUGAAUGCUGCGUCAUGGCACACAAAUCAGACAAUGAGAGUGAUUUCAACUUUCAUGCGCGGCGGAGGGAUCUGGUGCAAGGUGUGGUGGGUACUGGGACACACAGAAAGAUCAUCCUCACUCCACAGCUUUCGAGAGAUACCAAGUACAGCUGUGAGGGGCAGUCAUUUGCAGUUCCUGUGGCAACUGUGGAGUUUGCCUCCCUGUGCCUCCGUAAUGCCCUGCUCCUGCUGCCAGAGUCCCAGGCAGAGGAGCCGACGCUGCCUACACCAGACUCGACAGAUGCCCCCCCCGUCGCAUCGUCCCCUUGCAGCCAUUAUGUUUAUGCUGCACCAUCAAAUCCACUUGGACCUCAUGAGGUUGUGAACCUCAGGUGUUCUGUGCUUGCAAUGAGUGCUUAUGUUGCACUGUGCCUGGGUGAUUAUGUAGUAGCACUGGACCAUGCAGAGAUGUUGCUUGUACAGCCAGCGCUGUCAGGGGUGCACAGGAUGCUUGGACAUUUGUAUGCAGCAGAGGCACUGGUGUUGUUAGACAAGAUCUCAGAUGCAAUAGAACAUCUGAAUCCAGAACAUGUGAAGGAACUCACUCUGAUGUCCCCAUGCCCUGAGAAGGAUGUAGACCGGGAGAAGUCAGAGAUUGGCACGGAGCAGCAGAAGCCACUCAGAGCGUGGUUUCCGAACACACUUGCAACGGCUGGGGCAGUGAUGCAGUACAACUUGGCAGCUGCAUUUGCUAUCCGUGGUGAACUGGACAAGGCUGGCGAGGCUCUGAAACAGGUGUGGAUGUCAAAAGGUCCAGGCUGUGAUAUCCCAAUCCAUGUCAUCAUGCUUGCGCUGUACAUCGAACUGCAGCUAGGGCAUGCUGACAUAUCACGCAGCAUAGUAAAGCAGCACUCCCCACAGUAUCGGUGAGGUUUCAGCUGCACCCCAAUUUCCAGUCAGAUGAGAUGGGCUGUCCCAGAAGAAUGCAUCAAAUCCAAGAGACAGAAACCUGUAAUAGUUACAUGCCAACAGAAGAGGCAAAGAUGUCCCAUGGUUUUGAAAUGUGAUGAGCCAUUGGUGUGAUGUAACGUUGAGCUGUCUAGGCAUUCACUAAUUGCAUGCAUGCAUGCAUGCAUGCAGCAUGUCCGCGUGGAGAAAUGUAGCUGCGUAUUUCAGGGAAUGGCAGUACAGAAAUUUGCUUCAGAUUAAAAUGUUUUAAGUAUCAGUGCCAUCCUAGAAGUGUGGGAUAACAAGUAAAAACGGAUCAGUCUCUUUCCUUAGAUCACUCAGUACGCUGUCUUCUUAGUGCAGUUUGCCAGGUCAGAUUUAUAAGAAUGUACCAUUUCUUUUAUUUUGUUUGGAGCUACACCUUUUCUGCUGCACAGUUCCUAAUCAGUAGUUCUGGCAAUUUGUUUCCAAGAAAGUAUGUGUCAAGUGUAUUAACAUUAAGCACACCUAUGUUUUCUCUAAGAUUUUAAAUAAAUUAAUCUUCUCACUUGGUUA